AUGGUCCUGGUUUUGUUGUGGAAAUAUACAUCACUGGUUCAAGAUCGAAGAAAAUAUAAUAGACGUCAGAGAACGGAUAAAAGUCAGUACUAUAUGCAAACCAGAGGCUUGCUCUUCUUGAGCAAAUUUAUGACAGAGAAAAAUGAAAAUGAAGAAAACAUAGAACUUAUUGGUGACAGUGAAGCCGAUGAUAAGACGGCUUAA